AUGGAUGAUCUUGAUGUGCAAGCUUUUCAAGCAUCAGUUUCGAAAACAGACGUUGAACGAGUCUUACGACGUAUCCAAUCUCAUCAAGGCGUAAUAGCGCUCAUGGUUACAAAUCGGGAUGGCCUGAUACUGCGGUCAAAUCUCGACCUCAACACCACAAGACUGUACGCGGUGCAGUAUCAGAGCCUUAUAAAUAUGACCCGUUCUGCAGUGCGAGAAUUAGACCCUCAGAACGAGCUCUGCUUUAUAAGGGUCCGAAACAAAAGACACGAGAUAAUGGUAGCCCCGACGGAGGAUCUUGUACUGAUUGUGGUUCAGCUUAUUGGGAAUGUAACGGAGAGUGUACAAGAAGCGGUUUUUGAGUGA